AUGUUAGCCUUUUCAAAAGUUCCUAAAGUAAUUUGUUCAAAACAAUCAUCUAACAUUUAUCAUAGGAUAUUAUUAAAUAAUGAAAUUAAUUUAAUAAAUAAUGUUCGAUUAAUAUAUACAACUAAUACAUGUAAGUCAUUCUACGAACGUGAUAGAAAAGGUGGUUAUGACACUAAACCUAAAGAAAAGAUUCCAAUUACCAAAUUAAUAAAAGAUGGUUUUAAAGAGCUGAAAACUGAGUUAAAAUUAUUCAAACAAGAAGUUAUAGAGCAUUUUCGAAGUGACCCUAUUAUGGUAUUUCGACAAGGUGAAACUGAUGAAGCAUGGCAUCUUGGUUCAAAGGAAGGUUUAAAAAAAUGGAAAGUAACUGUAGAUAAAGAUCAUGGUGAAGGCUACAGUACUGCUAAACUUGAACUGAGUCCUUCAGGAUAUGGUUUAUUUCAUGGCAAUAUCGAUAUGACUGUACCACAGACUGGUCGAAUCAAAAGUGCAGGUUAUGCAAAUAUGCAAGCGUUACGAGCCAGGAAAUCAUUCAAGAGAGAAACCUAUCUUGACUGGACAGCUUAUAAUACUUUAGUAUUCAGGAUACGCGGAGAUGGACGUACAUAUAUGAUAAAUAUUUCUACUAGUGGCUACUAUGAUAUCUGGUGGAAUGACAUGUAUAGUUAUGCUCUUUACACUAGAGGUGGACCUUAUUGGCAAAUUGCUAAGAUUCCAUUUUCAAAAUUCUUUUUAACAUCAAAGGGCCGAAUACAAGAUAAGCAAUAUCCCAUACCCUUGAGUAGAAUAACUGCUUUAGGUAUAUCAGUAUCUGGCAUAGAUGGUGUUGGAGGACCAUUUUCUUUAGAACUCGAUUACAUUGGACUAGAACAUGACUACAGAAACAAAGAGGAGUUUGCGUAUGAAAUGUACAAAACAGAUAGGUGGAUUGCUGGUCAUUAA